AUGCUUUGCUGUUGCGGCAUCGAGGAGCCCAAAAAGCUGGAACUUGCAGCUUCUGGGGGCGCUGGAGAGGAGCAGAAAUUGACCUUUGUUCCCAUCACAGCUGAUACGGCGAAAGAAGUGAAUGAGGACUUGCCAGAGCAGAAGCUUCCUGCUAGCGUUCGGGUUCUGGGGGAGGAUGGCCAGUUCGAGGUCAGGUUAGACAAGAGAAGUAGUGGAAGUUAUGGUUUCUCUCUGGAGUAUGAUUUCAAGGAAAGAGUUCAUGCUGAUGCGAAGGAUCCCUGCCUGCUGCUGUCUUUGCAUGGGGGUGCAGCACAGCAGUGGAACGAAACGUCCCCAGAGCAGAGAUUGAAGGUCGGCGACCGCAUCGUUGCAGUCAACGGCACCAGCGGUGCUUCACAAGCGAUUUUCGAUGUCAUCAAGGGCACCCAGGAGGCGGAAACGGGAAUGGGUCAUCCCCAGUGGCGAUGUGGGGGCAUGGGAGUUCAAGCAAUUUGGGGUGGAACUUCUUUGGUUUGUUGA